UAUAAACAACACACACACUCCCACAACAACCAAACAUGGUGAAUUUGUUCUAUUUCUUCCUCUUUCCCUUACUAGCCCUAUCCACCACCACCACCACCUCCUCCGCGGCGGCGCUGCCACUAUCCACCGAGUCACGGUGGAUAGUGGACGAGUCAGGGCACCGCGCGAAGCUGGCGUGCGUGAACUGGCCGUCGCACCUGGAGGUGAUGGUGGCGGAGGGGCUGAGCAAGAAGCCGGCGGAGCAGAUAUCCUCGGAGAUUAUAGACUUAGGAUUCAACUGCGUUAGGCUAACUUGGCCACUUUUCUUGUUCACAAAUGACACAUUGGCUUCUCUUACAGUCAGACAAUCUUUCAAGAACCUCGGACUCUUCGAAGCCAUCGCAGGUUUACAAAUCAACAAUCCUUCCAUCAUUGAUCUCUCUCUCAUCAAUGCUUACAAGGCUGUGGUGGGCAGUCUUGCUAAGAAAAAUGUGAUGAUAAUCCUAGACAACCACACAAGCAAGCCUGGUUGGUGCUGCAGCAAUUUUGAUGGUAAUGGUUUCUUUGGAGAUGUGUGUUUCAACCCGGACCUCUGGAUCAAGGGCCUAACCCGGGUCGCCACCAUCUUCAACGACACCCCAUAUGUCGUCGCCAUGAGCUUGAGGAACGAGCUCCGCGGCUCUCGACAAAACGUCGAUGACUGGUACAGGUACAUGCAGAAAGGAGCAGAAGCAGUGCACGCAGCAAACCCAAAUGUCCUAGUCAUUCUAUCCGGGCUGAACUACGACAGAGACCUCUCAUUCCUUCUCAAGAAGCCGGUCAGCCUGAGUUUCUCGAAUAAGCUGGUGUUUGAGCUGCACUGGUAUGGCUUCUCAGAUGGGGAGGCGUGGGAGAAUGGGAACUUGAACCAAGUGUGUGGGGAACGGGUGGGUGAGACGAUGAGGAAGGCGGGUUUCCUUCUGGACCAAGGCUACCCCUUGUUCCUGAGUGAGUUCGGCGUUGACAUGAGGGGCACUAAUGUCAAUGACAAUAGGUACUUGAACUGCUUUAUGGGAUGGGCAGCUGAACUAGAUUUGGAUUGGGCACUAUGGGUUCUCACAGGUAGUUACUACUUGAGAGAAGGGGUAGUCGGAUUCGACGAAACUUACGGAGUUUACAACUGGAAUUGGUGUGGUGUCAGAAAUCAAACCAUCCUUCACAAGAUAUCAGCUCUCCAGUAUCCAUUUAAAGGUAACAUCAUAUUUUCAUAUAUCUGCCAAUUUCUAAGAAUUCUGAGUUCAGUAGCAUCACAUACCUGCUUAAUCCAGCAAUCACAUGAGCUUUUGUCAUUCGUGUUGAAAACUGCAGGGCCGGGGUAUUCAGAAGCGCGUCUCCACCAAGUGAUUUUCCAUCCUAUGACGGGGCUGUGUGUGAAGAGGCUGUCGUUGGUGGAUCCCCUGGCCUUAGGUCCAUGCUCUGAGGCCGAAGCGUGGACCUACACUCCCCAGAAAACCCUGACAAUAAAAGGAACAUAUUUCUGCCUUCAAGCAGACAAGUUAGGGAAACCUGCAAAACUCGGGGUAAUAUGCAGUUAUGCCAGUUCAAAAUGGGAAGCUAUUUCAGAUUCUAAGAUGCAUCUAUCUUCGAAACUACAAGACGGUUCCGAUGUAUGCUUGGACAUUGACUCGGACAACAACAUAGUCACAAAUAACUGCAAAUGCUUGGAUAAAAACAGCAGGUGUGAUCCAGGGAGUCAAUGGUUCAAAAUCAUAGACAGCACUAGAUGUGGAGCUGAUAAUAGCUUACCGGAGAUCAGCUCGAUUGUGAAGCUUAUAUCAAAGAAUCUUCUAGCAAGUUUCAGCUUAUGAACAAAUCAAAAUGACAUCCAUGAAACAUCCAGACAUGUUAUAGAGAUACCAAACUGACAGAGGACGAUGAUGCUUUGCCCGUAGCAAGUCACUAAUAAUGAACUCACAUACCAAAGAUAUCUUACAUUCUUACUUAUUGUAUGAUUGCCAGAUUGCAAUCACAAAUAACAGCUGCUCCACAGAGCACCUUUCGAUUAUAAUAUAACCCUGAUUUUUUUUCUGCAUUGUACUAA